UAGUUUGAACAUAAAUACAAGCAGCUUCGGUGUCUAUUUCUCAGAAAUCAGGGGCUGUCAGAGAGGGAGGACGCUGUUCUGCAGCUCUCUGACACAAGCAACAACUAUGUGGCUUUAGUAGCAAGACUGAAUCAAAAUUUUACUCCACAAGGAACCCACCGAGUCACGUCCAGGCGGUGUUUCGGAUCGUACGUUUGGAAAUGUUCUGGGUUAGCUUGAUGUUUGGACCGUCUUGCUAAUUGGCUUUCUCUCCGACCCGAAAUUCAAACCAAAUCUUCCACUAAGCAGUAAAACGUCUGCAGGAUUUAACCAAAUUGGACAGCCAGAAAAACAAAACAAAAAUGGAGUCGGUUAAUGUUUUUGACAACAACAGUCCUGACAAAUCCGUUUUGAAAAGUAGGCCCGACGGGAUCCCCGGGCUUUCCUUGCUCUCCUUGCCCGAGCUGAGUACAAAGACAACGCACUGCAGGGAUCUGUUCUCCCCUGGACCCGCGACUGUCCUGUCUCCUGUCACCAAUUUGGCUCUGGACAUGAACAAUUUAGCUGGACUGGGAAGCCUAUGUGAUACACCGAAAAGGAGAAAGCAUGCACCCCUUGAGAAGGUUCCCUCCUUUGCCUCUGACGUCUCAUCUGAUGCUGGCCUCGGCAUGGAUCUCCCAAGCCCCAUGGAUGCCGUUGAAAUUGAGGACACAUUUGAAAGAGCCAUUCAACAGUCAAGCAGAGUUGUCAACGAUAAGAUGCCAAUUCGAAGAAUCAACUCAUUGCCACUCCACCUGCUGUGUUACAGCCCGUCUCUGAAGGGACAGGAAACAGAUUCUCACCGCUACGGAAUAUUUGGCCAGCAACCCUCCCAGACAACCGCCUCCUCCACAUCUCAGUGUGACAACAAGGAGAACAUGCCGGAGGAGGGUUUUGAAUUCAAGAAACCAACCAAGCCGGUGUCGCGGAGUCGUGUGCGCUCCUUCAACAGUGGACAGUCAAAGGACGCAUUUGCCCACCGUCCCAGCUCUGCACCAGCACUCAUGCUGUCUUCACCUCCUCCAGUGCAGCAGCUCGAGUUCUACGACUCCAGCCCCAUGUUCCUGAGACGUUCCUCCCUCACCACCUCUCUAAACGACGACGACGAUGACGGCUUCCUGGACGUACUCGACGACAACAUGGAGAACGACUCUGAGAUGCCGAUGGGAAUGGCCAGCUUGCUCACUGCUCCGCUGGUGGCCGACAGUAUAGCAGAAGACUCUCCAGUCAUCCGCUGCCGGCCGCGGAGCCUGUUUCGCUCGCCGUCCAUGCCCAGUCCGGUGUCCCGCCCCUCCAUGAAGCGUCCCGACCACCCUGGAGAUGAAAACACACCUGUCAGAGUGAAGAGACGACGCAGCCUGGCAGGAACACAGGUCACCACCACGGAACAAGAUCCUGAAUCCCCAAGGAUGGGCUGUUCACUGCUCCAGAGGUCCAAGUCCUUCUGUCAGACUGAGAUUGAGAAGCUGCUGGACGGCGAGGAUGCUUCUCACGAGCUAAUAGGAGAUUACACCAAGCCUUUCGUACUACCAACAGUGGAGGGCAAACAUCAAGACCUCAAGUACAUUACCUCAGACGUGAUGGUGGCAGCUCUGACUGGACAGUUUAAUCAUCUAGUUGAGCAAGUCAUUGUCAUCGACUGCCGCUACCCCUACGAGUUUGAGGGAGGACACAUCAAGGGCGCUCUGAACCUGCACCAGGAGGAUCAGGUGCAGGACUUCCUCCUCAAGACCCCCAUCACGCCGUCCUGCCCGGAGAAACGGAUCGUCAUCAUCUUCCACUGCGAGUUCUCGUCGGAGCGCGGCCCUCGAAUGUGCCGCUUUGUCAGGGAGCGAGACCGCGCCAUGAACGUUUAUCCCAAACUCCACUACCCAGAGCUCUACAUCCUAAAGGGUGGAUACAAAGACUUCUUCCCUCAUUUCCAGUCACAAUGUGAACCUCAGUCCUACCGGCCCAUGCACCACGAGGACUUCAAGGAGGACCUGAGGAAGUUUCGCCUCAAGAGUCGCACCUGGGCCGGGGAGCGCAGCAAGAGAGACAUGUACAGCCGUCUGAAGAAGCUGUGAGCUCGACCCUGCCUCUUCCUCUCGAAACUGCCUCUAAAACACACACACUGCCUCCCCCCCCUCCCCGAACACACUGAUUUAAAACCUCCUCACAGAGCCUGAGGCCUCGCCCCGCCGACGAGGAAAUACCUUGUGGGACUUUGCCAGCAAUAGGGGUUUGUUUUUUUUUUUUUAAAGUCCCCGUGAUUCAUUUAACUAUAGCAAAGUUGGAUAUUUAUUCAAAUUUAAAGAGGGAAAGACGUGAAAUGAUGAAGCCUUGACUGUCGAUGAGGUGCAGUGAACAGAUCUGUAGCAAUAUGAUCGUUUUAAAACCACUUGGACCUACUGCCUGUUUUACCUUUUUUGUAUUAUUAUGCGGCACAAAAUCACUGCCAGAUUGCAAAAGAACAUCGUCAAACCACACUGCCAAGUCUGAAGUUUGUCUUUCAGUCUCCUCACUGGGUGUUUUUUUUUGUUAUUUUGUCAUUUCCAAUCUUUUUAUUUAAGCACUUAAUUUAAAUACCUUGAAAUGGUGAGGUGCUUUUUUUUUCUUUUUUUUUGAUACUGCUUUUUAUAUAACUUUUAAUUAACUGAGUUGACCCCUGUUUAAACUUUGUGAUUUGUUAAAAGCUUGCCUUUCUCUAGGCUGCCCAAAUUGUAAAUAGGAUAUUUUAAAGACAUCUUGUAAAAGUGUGGGAUUGAUGUGAGUUUUUCUUCCUGAUCAGUUGCAAUACUUGGUAACUUGUUUUUAAUUUUAUUUUGGAUCAGAAGAUGCCAAAGCAAACAAACUACCUGUUAACUUUGCAGUGAGAUUUUUCGAAUGCUGCAGGUCAGCAAGUGAGGUGAUUUUUGAUUUUUUUUUUUUUUUUUUUGUUUGUUUUGUUUUGCUUUGAAUCCCUUCAUUUUCAGAGAUAAAAUGUCUUCCCUUGUCUGUCUAUAAUGAAUGGGGUGGUUUGAAUUUUGCUACAGGCUCGUGGGGGAGCUGAUGAAAUAAAGAUCCAAUGUGCGUUUAAA